UACACUCAUUAUGUUGUUUUUGUUGUUUAAAUAUUUUUUGUUGCCCUUAUUUUUGCUCAAUUUAUUUUGCUUGCCAAGAUUAUGUAUUAAUUUGGAUACAAAAUUUCCUAUACAUACAAUACAAAUUGAACCGCCACAUCCAUUUCAUCGAGGACCGCCUGGUGUCAGGCCUGGAUUCAUUUCUGGUACUGUCUUUACAACAGAUGCUGAACCUCCCAGUAUUGGUCAUAGAGGAGCUCAUCGUUCCCAUUUACAACAGCAAAGUCCCUCUGGAAGUUCCUCUGGAGUUUGUUCCGAGACAGAGUUUCGAUGCGAUGAUGGUCACUGUAUUAGGCUAGAAUGGAAAUGUGACGGAUCUGGUGAUUGUCGAAACGGCGAAGACGAGAACAAUUGCCCCCACCCGGGAUGUAAAGCCGAACAGUGGCAAUGCGAUAAAUACGAUAUUCACUCAGUCUCGUGCAUUCAAGAGUAUCAGCGUUGUGAUAAUAUUAGCGAUUGUGUUGAUGGUUCUGAUGAAAAAGACUGUCCCGCAGCUCCAGUAAACUGCGAAGUUAACGAUGGUUCAUGUUUUCCAAUUACUCGCAAAUGCGAUGGAAUCUAUGAUUGUCGUGAUCUUAGUGACGAGAAAGAUUCUUGCUCCACUAAUCAUACUGCUUGUUUUCCCUACCAAUUUCGAUGCGCGGAUAAAACCCAAUGCAUACAAAAAAUUUGGGUUUGUGAUGGGACACCUGACUGUGCUGACAAAUCGGAUGAACCACCGACAUGCAAAUUUCCAGCGUGUCAGACAGGCGAUUUUAAAUGUAAAAAUAAGCGUUGUGUUCCUCAAAAAUUCCGUUGUGAUUACUAUGAUGACUGCGGCGAUAAUUCAGACGAGGAGGAAUGUGGUCAUUAUAAAUGCCCUCCGGAUAUGUGGCCCUGUCCAAAUUCCGGUCAUUGCAUUCAUCUGUCAAAAUUGUGUAAUGGAGUUAAUGAUUGUGAUAGUGGCGCGGAUGAAAAAACAUGCUCACGUAAUCUUUGUCAAACGCUUGGAUGUCAGUCCGGAUGUGCAAGUUCCCCUACCGGUGGCAUUUGUACCUGUCCUCAGGGCUAUAAACUCGAUGAGCGCUUCGAACGGUCUUGCAUUGACAUUAAUGAAUGCGCCGAUUUUGGAUAUUGUGAUCAAACUUGCCAGAAUCACCGACCUAGUUUUACCUGUGGCUGUUUAGGAUCUUGCUUUAAACUUCAAAUGGUACAAAGCACAGGGGCAAAUUCAGGAUCUUUCGGUGGAAGCAAUAAUUUAACACUUCGAGGAUAUUGCAUCUCUAGUGAACCUGAACAAAUGCGUCUUUUUGUUGCCCGCCGAGAAGGACUUUAUCGGUUGAAUCCAGCAAAUAAGGAAGAAUCUGCCGUAAAAAUAGCUUCUGGAGAAUUUAUCUAUGGAGUAGAUUUUGAUUACGAGAAACGAAAAAUAUUCUGGACUGAUCGGCUAGCCCACUCUCUCUACCGUGCUGAUAUCACUUCUGGGGGUGAUAUUGAACAUAUCCACAAAUUUGAGCUUAAAUCAUUGAUUUACCCACGAAAUUUAGCCGUUGACUGGAUUACUAAUAAUAUUUAUGUAAUCGAAAGUGGUUCAAGACGUAUUGAUGUGCUCAAUUAUGAGGGCGAUAAACGCACUGUUUUGCUAGCAGAUGGCCUUACUCUUCCACUCGAUAUUGCCUUGGACCCUCUUCGGGGUGAAAUGUUCUUUUCUAACCAAUUAAAAUUGGAAACUUGCCAUAUGGAUGGUACAAGUCGACGUGUAAUAGUCGAAACACACACCCAUCAAGUGAGCGGUGUUGUUGUUGAUAUCGCUGCUAAACGAGUUUACUGGUGUGAUCCGAAAGUCGACCGAGUUGAAUCAGUUGACUAUUCUGGUAAUGAUCGACGACAGAUUGCAUCUGGAAGAAAUUUUGCUCCCCAUCCUUUCGGAUUAGCUAUAUUCGAUCAAUACCUGUAUUGGACAGACUGGACAAGAUUGGGAAUUAUGCGUGUUGAAAAGUUUGGAGCGGCCUCUGAAGUUAUUUGGUCUAAUAAAGAUGGAAACGUUUUUCCAAUGGGGAUUGCUGCAUAUCAUCAAAUGGCACAGCCCGGCCCCUCGCACAGUGACUGCUUCCAGCAACACAUUGAAAAUCCGUGCGAUAAGGCCGAUUGCGAGGGAAUGUGUCUUCUAGCCAAAGAUAAUGUCGGAUUUGGUGUGGGCUACCGUUGUGCUUGUCCUAUCGGCCAGAAAUUGGUUGACGGUAAACGGUGUGUGCCUUCAAUAGAUUAUUUGCUGUUUAGUAGCAACAGAGUUAUUCGUGGCAUUUACCCCGAAAUCCUACAAAAUACACUAGCCGAAGCUGUUUUGCCAAUUUCUCCUCAAUCUCAACGUAGAGUAGGGAUGUACUUUGCUGUUGAAUGUGAUGUCCAUAGUUCAAGCUUCUUUUAUGUUGAUAUUAUGGAUAAUACACUUUACCGUGUGAAGCCAGACGGAGAAGGAUCGGCUCCAAUACUUGUGACCCACAAUGAUGGUCUAAUAUCCAUGUCAUUUGAUUGGAUGAGCAGACAACUUUACUAUAUGUGGGGUCUAGUAAAUCCUGAACAACUUGUCCGACGUAAACUGCUUGUGAAACUUCGAGAUCCAGUUUCUGUAGUUGUACACCCAUGGAGAGGAUAUGUCUUCUUUGCGGAGGCGGAAAGACCAGCUCGUAUAUGGCGUUGUAACUUGGAUGCUACUAACUGUAUCGUUUUGCGAAACCAAACAAUCGGCCGUCCUUCUGGUCUAGCCAUCGACUUUGCAGAAAGUCGUCUUUGUUUGGGGGAUUCCUUACUUAAAUUCUUUGCAUGUAUGGAUUUUGAUGGACAAAACUGGGCCGUUUUGCCUGUGGAAGACCCCAUUCCUGUGGCUAUUACUUUCCUUGGAGACCAAAUUUAUUAUGUUCAUCAAAGACCUUACUCCAUUCGCCGUGUCUCCAAGAAUUUCGGAGGCGUUGGACGCAUUGUUCGUGACUUCAGGCAAGAAUUGGACAAAUUAACUUAA